AUGCCGGGAAAGAAGCGCUCCGUCAAUGGCCAGGUGAAGCCCGCUCCGCCCGCCGCAGACAUCGCAAUGCCAGACGCAACACCGCCCUGCGCGCAACCACCACCACCAUCGAGCAAGACAGCCUCAACCCCCAGUACAACAACAACAACAAGCCAAGUCCCACAGAAAAUAGCCAAACCACUCCAAAAAGCCCAGGCACCCUCCAAGCCCAUCUCCAACGCAGCGGCCUCAACAACCCAUCGCAAGAACCGGCAAAAACUCGCAAAACUACCAUCCAAUACCUCGAUAACCAAACGACCCCUCGUGCACCCCGCGCUCCCGACGCCAUUCGCAAGCGCCGCACACGCAAAAACGCUCUACGUAACCGCUCGCACGCCGUACAUCCCCGCUGUGAAGCGCGUGCGGAAAUUACUCGGACAGAUAUCUGCGCGCGAGAAGCAAGGGCUUGCUGCGCGGGACAAGGGGGUGGGGCGCAAUAAUAACAAUAACAGCAGUGGUGGUGGUGGUGUGCAGGCGAACGGGCGGCUGCAAGCCCGGGAUGUGGAGAGAGAAAUUGUUGGGGAGGCGGCGAGGAAGGCGGGGCGAGGAAGAGGUAGUGCAAAAGGAGGUGCAGGAGGGGAACGAGUAUAUAUCAAGGCGACUGGGAGAGCGAUUCCGCGCGCGCUGGAAAUAGCCUUGUGUUUCCAGGCCGACGACGAGUGCAGUGUCACAGUUGACAUGGGGAAUGUGACUGCGAUUGAUGAUAUUGAAGUUAGGCUGGAUGAUGGCGCUGCGGAAGAGGAGGAGAAUGGGAAUGAGAAUGAGAUCCCUGAGACGAGGGUACGCAUGUUGAGUUGUGUGACUGUUAGUAUUGGAUUUGCGAUGAGAUGA